AUGUCUAUGGCGUCUCAACCUCCACCUAACAAAUGGAUUUCUUGGUUGUCGCAGAUUUAUAGCUCGGGCAAGGGGCCAGUGCUCGGUACGGUCGAUGCCCAGGAAAUCGAAGAUAAAGCCCGCGAGGUUAUGAAGGACAAUUCUAUUGCAUACCUGUAUACGUUGAAGAGUGCAGGUACCUGUUCGACCGAUGAUGCUAACAGGAAGGCAUUUGAAAGGUGGAAGAUCGUCCCGCGCAUGUUGAACAAUGCUACAUUGCGCAAUGUUGAGACGACAAUUUUGGGUAUGAAAGUCUCUUCACCAAUAUUUGUAGGACCAGUCGGCAAACAAGGUCUGGUGCAUGCUGACGGAGAGCUUGCGACAGCUCGUGCAGCUGCGGCAGUCGGUGUACCGAUGAUUUUAAGUUCUUCUGCGUCGCGAUCCCUUGAGGAUGUAGCGGAAGCCAAUGGGCUGAAUGGACAACGAUGGUAUCAGUUUUACUGGCCUCGUUCUCCCGAUGUGGCAUUGUCCGUCCUCAAACGUGCGAAGGAAAAUGGGUAUACUGCUCUCGUUAUCACGGUAGACACAAUGAUUGUCGGAUGGCGAUCACAUGACCAUCGCAUCGGAUACAGCCCAGCGGGACAUGGGUUCGGCGUCCAACAGGGUAUGGCGGACCCGGUGUUUAUGAAACGCUAUGGGCUCGUUGCUCGACAUGAGCGUCCAAAAUUUCCAUUCGAUCAGGAAGAGAUCAGAAAGAAAGCCGCGGCAGGUGACGAGGAAACGAAACAAUCGAUGUUCCUUGCGAGCCAGUGGCUUGUCGAGACAGGAUUUGGGAUCUUCAGAACAUGGGACGACCUUCAAUUCGUCAAGGACAACUGGGACGGCCCCAUCUUGCUCAAGGGAAUACAAGCCGUCAAGGAUGCGGAGAAGGCGAUCGACAUAGGCAUCCACGGGAUUAUCGUCUCUAAUCACGGGGGUCGUCAGAUAGAUGGCGCAAUAGCCUCAUUGGAUGCGCUCGACAUGAUCAUGCGCUCACAGAAAGUUCUUGACGCGCAAAAAUCGGGUAAACUGACUGUCCUAUUCGAUUCUGGAAUUCGAACAGGAAGCGACAUAAUCAAGGCGCUUGCAAUCGGAGCACAGGGUGUUUUAAUCGCCCGACCUAUUGUUUAUGGACUUGCGAUAGCCGGCCAAGCGGGGGUAGAGCAAAUUUUGAUGCAAAGCAUCUGUGACUUACACGUUACGAUGGGUUUGUGUGGAUUUAGUGAUGUGAAUGACCUAAUAGGUAAACGAGAUGAACUGUUGGUCAAGGUAGACUACGGAGUAGACACACGUACGUUGGUAAAGUCGUCGAUGUAGACCGCCCUCUCCACACCACUAGUCUCGGUAAUAUAAUUUGGAUUUGUAGAUUGACACCCCCUAGUGCUACCGUUGUAAGUAUCCUCACCUACCAACCCCCUUCAUUUCAUGAACGUGUAAACAGUUGCGCAAGUAAUGCAGAUCAAGUCAGAACCAUAAUGUGCUUGCCAAAGGUGCAGACAAAGAAAACGUGACAAAUCACGAUGAUGAUAGGGCCACAGGCUGAGCGCUGAGCCCCGGCAAUGAGGUGAGGUGAUGAUGGUAAGGAUGCGAGAGUGGGACACACCAACGUGAUGCAGUCUGUCGUCAUUUGGCGGCAUCUCAAAUCGCUCGAAGCGGUGUUUAAAAUUCAAAUCCACUUGGACUCCGAGUUUGCCGGACUUGCGAUGCUGCCCCAAAGUGUCUAAAUCCUUGCUAAAUCCUUCGAGGCGGGGGCUAGCCCUGAUAUGUCUUUGACCGUCCAGAGCAAGGCAACAAACAGCUUCGAAUACAUC